AUGGUUAACGAACUUUCAGAAUUUCUACGCAUAUGUCAUGUUAACUGUCAAUCGUUAAUGGCUCACCUUGACGAGUUCCAAGCCUAUUUUGGUCCCACAGGAUAUCACAUAAUAUGCCUAUCCGAGACCUGGCUGAAGCCUGCUGUUUCGGAUGAUCUUAUCUCACUGCGUGGGUACCAGAUUUUCAGAUGCGACAGGCGGGGUAGGAAUGGCGGUGGAGUUGCUUUUUACAUCUCCAACUCCCUUCAGGCAAGGAUCCUGCUUCAUUCGGAAGGUGUAUGUGACGGAAGACCUGAAUUUCUAGUGGCCGAAAUCUCUGUGGGUAGUAGUUCUAAGAUACUCCUGGCGGUGGUUUAUCGGCCGCCUCAUUGUGGAUACUUACGAGAAUUUUUAGAUGCAUUCGCGGAUCUCUCUACCGGCUACAAGCACUUGAUAAUCUUUGGCGACUUCAAUGCUGAUCUGUGCUCUACCACUUUUGACUCGACUCAAAUCUUAACUUUCAUUGAAGCCACGAACCUCUACUUGGUUCCUUAUGCCCCAACCCAUCACACUCGUUCGUCUUCCACACUUCUAGACUUAUGUAUCGUUGAUGAUGCUGAUAAAUUGAUUUCCUAUGGGCAAUGCGACGCAUGUUUCUUGUCUGCCCAUGAUCUCAUCAGCAUCAAAUACAGGGUCAGAAUUGAGCGUCACCUCAGACGCGAGAUUGUGGUGCGUGAUUUCCGUUCUUUUGACAUUGAUGACUUCUUAAAUGAUCUGAGAGGAUAUGACUGGAACGUACUGUAUCAGGCUGACAACAUCGACAGCAAGGUUUUGUUUCUGAGUGAUGCUCUUACUGAGUGCUACGACAGGCAUGCGCCCCUACGAAUCAUCCAGCCCAAGCAUUUUCCUGCUCCCUGGCUUACGCCAGACAUCAAAUCUGUGAUGAAGACUAGAGACAGAGCGAGGAGAGUCUGGAAGAGAAGUAAGACCAAUGCGAACUACACCAGAUAUAAGAUCCUAAGAAAUCAGGCUCAGGCUUUAGUACGUUCCGCCAAGGAAAAAUAUUAUCUGAACGCCUUUCAGGACAGCAGCGAACCGACUGCUAUAUGGAAGAAGCUUAGGCAUCUUGGUCUUUUAAAAUAA